GUGAAGUGCAGAACCCGAAUGUUGCUAAGGAGAUUUUGGGCCGAGUCAUGGAAUACAAUUACUGUGCAAGUAGUCACACGGCAGCAAAAAGAGUGGUGUUGAAAAGCAUUAGAUGGGAAAAGCCCAAUACCAGCUGGAAGAAGCUCAACACGGAUGGCUCUUCAGUUGAUUCUCUCGGGUUGGCUGGAGGUGGAGGUGUGGUUAGAGACGAGCAGGGUAAUUUCCUAGCUGAAUGAUUUCCUAGCUGAGUUGUGGUACCUUAGAGAUGGGCUAUUCCUUUGUGUGCAAGCCCAGGUUCAAGCACUGAUUGUGGAGAUGGAUGCCAAAGCCUUGGUAGAUGCGUUCUCAAACCAGACUAAAUCUAAUGCUUUUUGUUUCUUCGUUGAUGGAGGAUUGCAGACAUUUGGCAAACUAGAUCCCCCAAGAAGGAGAUUCAGCUAAAGAGGGUUGUUUUAGAUGGCUUAUAUGCAAUAUGGCAGAAAUGCCCUUCGAAAGGUUAUUACGGACACUAGUGUCCGGAGCAAUGAUCGUGUGGUGAAUCCGGUGCUGUAUGCUAGUCAAGGACUUAGAUUUAGGAAGUUGGAAGUUGUUUUAACCACGAGCAUAGAGAAGCUUGGUAAAGCUGGUGAGACAGUGAAGGUUGCUCCUGGACAUUUCCGCAACCACCUUAUGCCCAAGUUGCUGGCGGUUCCAAAUAUUGAGAAGUAUGCUUAUCUUGUCAGGGAACAGCGCAAGAUCUACCAACAUGAGGAGGAAGAAGCGGAGGUUAAAGUAGUUAAAGAGACUAAGGAAGAUAAGCUGAAAGAAUUCGAGAAGGCAGCAAGACGUCUUGAUAAUUCUAAGCUGGUAUUGCGGAGGUUCAUCAAUGUCGAAAAAUUUCGUUUACGUGCCUCAAAAGAAGAGCCUAUAGAGUUGCGUUCACCUAUUACAAAGGAGGAUAUCAUAGCUGAGGUAGAAAGGCAGCUUAGUGUGCGCAUCACGGCUGAUAACGUGCACCUACCUUCCCCUUUGACGACUUUUGGUGAGUAUGAGGUGCCACUACGGUUCCCAAAAUCUAUCCCUUUGCCGGAGGGGAAGGUUCAGUGGACUCUUGCAGUUAAAAUCCGGGGUAAAUAAAGAUGGUCUUGUUAGCUUAAUGAGCACUCUGGUCCCAGGUUAUUCUGGGAUGUCGGUUUUGUCUUUUGUAAUUUGAUAACUAUUUAUUGUAGUGAUAAAGCUUCGUAUUUUAAGUAAAAGAUGUUCUGAAAGUUGCCCGUUUGAUUUUGUAUUUUUUACCUAUAAAUUUCUGUCUGAUAAAGUGACAAAGAUUGUCCAUUUUCUCUGUUGACAUUUGGUGUCAAAAGACUAAAUUUGGUUCUUUGGUUCCCCCU